AUCUUGACCAUCCACCAAUAAAAAGCUUGAGUAAAUGCGUAGAUGGAUAAAAAACGGUGAAGUUUCCAACAAAAUCUCUGAUUCAGCUUUCUAUAAUCAGUCGUUCCCAUUAUCUCUCUCUAUUCAUAUUAUAGAUUAUAGAUAGUUGUAUCCUCUCAACGAUCUUUCUUCUUUAACAAAGCAUUAUUCUUCACCUUUACCACACAAAAAAAAAAGAAAGAGAAAUGGCCAAAGAAAAUGGUUUUAUAGGAUCAAUCGAUCAAGGAACCACCAGCACCAGAUUCAUCAUCUACGACCACCAUGCUCGUGCUGUUGCAUCUCAUCAAGUCGAGUUCACUCAGUUCUAUCCCGAAGCUGGAUGGGUGGAACACGAUCCUAUGGAGAUACUGGAAAGUGUGAAAGUGUGCAUUGCAAAGGCUCUCGACAAAGCCACUGCCGAUGGACACAACGUCGACGGCGGCUUGAAGGCCAUUGGGCUGACAGAUCAGAGAGAGACAACUGUUGUUUGGAGCAAAUCCACUGGCCUUCCUCUCCACAAAGCUAUUGUGUGGAUGGAUGCUCGUACCAGUUCCAUCUGCAGGAGACUAGAAAAAGAACUCUCGGGAGGAAGAUCCCAUUUUGUGGAGUCUUGUGGCUUGCCAAUAAGCACAUAUUUCUCUGCCAUGAAGCUGCUUUGGCUCAUGGAGAAUGUGGAUGACGUCAAAGACGCUAUCAAGAAAGGUGAUGCCAUCUUUGGCACUAUCGACACAUGGUUGAUCUGGAACAUGACUGGUGGUGUGGAUGGCGGCCUACAUGUCACUGAUGUCACCAAUGCCUCUCGCACAAUGCUCAUGAACCUCAAAACCUUGAACUGGGACCAGGACACUUUGAAGACACUUGGCAUACCAGCUGAAAUCUUGCCUAAGAUUGUGAGCAAUUCAGAAGUGAUUGGAGAAAUCUGCAAAGGCUGGCCUAUUCCCGGUAUCAAGAUUGCUGGAUGUCUUGGUGAUCAGCAUGCCGCGAUGUUGGGACAAGCUUGCAGAAAAGGCGAGGCCAAGAGUACAUAUGGAACCGGCGCUUUCAUUCUUCUCAACACCGGAGAAGUGCCAAUCAAAUCAGGCCAUGGACUUCUGACCACACUGGCCUACAAGCUCGGGCCUCAAGCACAUACCAACUAUGCACUGGAGGGUUCGAUUGCCAUAGCAGGAGCUGCUGUUCAGUGGCUUAGAGACAGCCUUGGGAUAAUCAAAAGCGCCUCUGAAAUCGAAGAUUUGGCAGCAAUGGUAGAUUCUACAGGAGGAGUGUACUUUGUGCCAGCGUUCAAUGGCUUGUUUGCGCCUUGGUGGAGAGAGGACGCACGCGGUGUUUGCAUUGGAAUCACGAGGUUCACCAACAAGUCUCACAUUGCUCGGGCAGUACUGGAGAGCAUGUGUUUCCAAGUGAAAGACGUCCUUGACUCCAUGAACAAAGAUGCAGGUGAAAAGGGUUCCCUAGAUAACGAGAAAGGGGAGUUCUUGCUCAGAGUUGAUGGUGGUGCCACAGCUAAUAACCUUCUGAUGCAGAUUCAGGCUGAUUUGAUGGGGAGUCCGGUGGUGAGGCCUGUGGACAUAGAGACAACAGCACUAGGAGCAGCCUAUGCAGCUGGGUUGGCUGUGGGAUUCUGGAAGGAAGCAGACAUAUUCGAGUCAGGAGAGAAGGCGAAGAACUCCAAAGUUUUCAGACCUGCUAUGGAAGAAGAAACCAGGAAGAAGAAAGUGGCGUCUUGGUGCAAAGCAGUGGAAAGAACAUUUGAUCUCGCUGAUCUCUCUAUCUAAAACUUGAAUCAUUUGAUCACUGAGAUUACUUCUUAUUUACCACAGUUGGGCUCUGUUUUCCAAGUCUUAUUAUGUUUAACGUCUAAUAUAUGUUGAGUAAACCGUCUUUGAAUGAUUUAUAUAUCAAUGCUUAAUUCUGUUGGAAGUAA